AUUCCCGAGGGCUGACUCAUUGACCGGGGGACACCCGCUUUCUUCCGGCCCUCCGGGAACCUCCCCCGUGCUGGAUAGACCCACAAGCAGAUAUCCACCACUGCACUCCCUCCCUCUGCACUCAGACCUGCCUUCUUCCAUCCAUCUGACAUCAAGCCACAUCCAUCACUCAACUCACUCCAACACCUUUAUAAACACUCUAAUCUCAUCAUGGGCAAGAAAGAUUCCGGAGGCGAAGGCGACCCAGCUAUCGGCGGCAAACUCUUCGGACAACGAUGUGCUACAUGUCACACCGUCGAGAAAGGCGCUCCUCACAAAGUCGGACCCAACCUACAUGGUCUUUUCGGUCGUAAGACCGGACAAGCCGCCGGUUACAACUACACAGAAGCCAAUGUCAAGAAGGGAAUCACAUGGUCCGAAGAGACUCUUAUGGAGUACCUGAUCGACCCCAAGAAAUACAUUCCUGGAACCAAGAUGGCUUUCGCUGGCUUGAAGAAGGAGAAAGAACGUGCCAACAUCGUUGCGUACUUGAAGGACGCCACCAAAUAAGAUCGACGAUGACUUCCUGUCACUCGUCCCACAUAGACGCACUGAAUCUCAUUGGCCACAUAAAAGGUCCAGUGCUUACACACCUUGCUGCUUCAUUGUAGCAUACUCAUUCGUAGUCAAUCCCCUCUUGUUUCUUGCCUUAAGUCCCUUUUUCCCCCUUUCUUUAUCGUGAAAGAACCUUUCUUCCUUCACCCUUUGUCACUCUACCGAGCUUCCGGAUACAUAGAAAUUGAAAUCAUCCCCACUCAGACUCCUUUAAUCCACUUUCUUCUUGCGCGUCUUUUGAGCGGUGCCUGGAAUACAUUGGCUUGGGAAAUCAUAGUAACCGGAUCUUCUUUGUCCCAGUUUGUCUCUUGCCUCCAACUCUGCAUACUUGUUUUUAUCUGCCAGAUUGUGGGACUGUGCCCAAGUCGGCCACAUUUGUUGACUGAAACACGCAACUAGUGCAUGUCACAUGUUUGGGCAUACAGAUUGUGAAAUCUAUUCACACUACUGUAGCAGGGGUCGUCUGGAUACAGAACCUCGGAUUGUCG